AGUACCGUUCCUUGUGGACAGGUAGUGAGCGAUCACGGCAAUGCUUGCGUUUGCUUUCGCAGGACGAAAUGAACCGAGCAAAGAUUGCCGCAUUACCAUUUUCCGAUGGGAUUCGGCGAGCCGCCUUGACAGAGGCAGACAGUCCAUCGAUCGAUUGUUUACCCUUGCUCCCGUACCAGAUACAAGUGCCUAGUUUGGUGGCCAAACAGGAAGCACCGAAGGAUGUAGACGAAGAAGCUUUCGCCGAAGAGGACGCUUCUAUUUCCAACAUUUUUGAUGCCACGUUCGCAACGGACGAUCGCCCAGUGCGUCCUGUUCGCAACUUUGCUGCCGAGUGGAACCUUUCCGAAGUGUUGGAGAGCGACCCCGAGGACCCCGAGUUGGUGCCGAGCCAUGGGCAGGAGCAACCGGCAUCAGGGACAGGAACAAAUCUGACCACUCACGAACGCCUUACCUCGCAUUCGUUUAACCACCUGCUGGAAGACGAUGAAGACGUGUUCUUUGAUUUGUCUGCGACCGGUGUGGGUCCAUUUUCGGAAACGACCGCAACAAAGAGGUUGCUCAAAGAAAAUCAUCAUCCCGUUACUGGAACGUAUACCUCUCUGCUCGCAUCAUCACCACCACACCUUGAACCGAUCGCCAGGAGUAGCCCGAUGAUAGCGACCCAAAAAUCACCUUCCGUAUUUGCGACCCAGAAGACUUCCUCUAGACAGCGGUUAAACUUCCAGCGCCUGCGGAUAGCGGACGCACCCAGAGCACCUCUUGGAAAUCUUCAGUUCAGCCCGAACUCAAGUUGUAGAAAGGUUACCGACCACAAAGUUGAACCGGAUUGCGGCCUACCCAUUAGCCAGGAGAAUGAUCGGAGCAUUAUCGGAUUUCCUCGUCGUCCAAAUGGUAGGGCCCGAAUAGCAGACUCCGAAAGUGAGGACGACAAUCGCAAGGAUAAUAGUCCGAGUCGCGACAGUACCACCGAAUGGUCCGAUGAGAGUACCGAUUGCGACGAAGCUUUGCUACAAGUUCCCAUGCCCGAUUCAUCAAAGUUACCUGCAGGUCCACCUCGCCGGAGAAUCCGUAAAACAAGUCUGUCAGCACAGCGUAAGCACCGUGGCAGACUUCCAGCCGGAGUUGCUUUCCUCGACUUGGAAGCGGCGGUCAGCGGAGAAGAUUCGGAAGAUGACGAAGAUCACCAAUUUGAAACACAGCUUGACGGGUUCAUCGUACGUAAUAGCCAGGUCACCGACAUGGAUCGGACUGCGCACUCCGUCGAUAUGCAGGCCAUCUACCUACAGUCCCUGAAAGAUGCACGACAACGAGAGGAUUUUAAAAUCCCCGGAAUACGGUACCGACACGCUCCACUGGAGGAGGAGAUCGUAGCCGAAAAGGACAACUCUUUCACAGACGACGAUCAAGCUAUUUUCGAAUCGCAGGAUAAUUCCUUCAUAGUCGACGAAAUUGCUUUCGAGUCGCAGCUUUCGCCACUGGCGGCAAUUGAAAGGGAUCUAGCCGAGCGAGAACGAUUGGCCAAACGGAAGAAGGUGCAGCGGCGUGACAAACAGUCCCAGUGCAAACGUCGCAAGAGACUUGUUCAUUUAGAGAGCAGCGACAGUGAUUGAAUAUCCAAUGGCCAUGGUAGACUUAAACAUUGUAUAGAAUCAGGUCCGGAACGUCGUGAGUUCCCAGAAGCCAGCGUAACUGUAUGAUUUCAACGAUGUGACCCAUCAUGGAGUGCAAUUGCAUUUAUUCAUCAGCCAUUGGCGGUAUGUCCACUUUUCGACUCGUUAUCUGUUAGUGGCAUGAAACCAGUAAAAACUGUUACGCUUCUUAAUUAUAGCAGUUAAGACCUAAUGGAACGUUCAUUUUUUAACUUCUUGCGUUUCUCGAGUAGUUUAAGAUCUUCUUUCAACGCCAAUGAUAAUGUUAUGCUGGUAAGUAGUUGUUGCUUCUACG